GCUUCCUCUCCUCUGCUCUUACUUUCCCUUUUCUUUUUGUUUUUCCAUUAACCUUUUUCUUAUUGAAGAUACAAACAAGCAAGCCUCCAAAAAGAAAAAAAGAGGCAGGAAGAAGGAAGAAGAUGAACUUAGAGAGAGAGAAGGAUUGUAAAACAGUUAAUCAAAAUUCACCAUGAGUUUUCUUCAUUCGAGAUUCUUCUUCUUCUUGCUUCUCUUCUCCUUCUCCGUCUCUCUAUCUUCAUCCUCCUUCUCAGCUGGUGAAGAAGUUAACCAGAUUCAUAGAAGAAUCCUCCAUCAGCCGCUUUUCCCGGAUAGUUCUCCUCCUCCUCCUCCAGAUUUCCAGUCCACGCCGCCUCCUCCCGAUCAGCCAUUUUUCCCGGAGAAUCCUUCUACCCCUGACCAGCCUCAGCUCCCUCCUCCUCCUCCGCCUCCUGCUUCCUCCGAAGCCAAUGGCGGACUACCGAUUCCAACAGCUACUACUCAACAGUCGAAGCCAGGGGCGAAACUCGCGAUCGCCAUAUCCGUUGGAGUCGUCACGCUCGGUAUGCUCUCGGCUCUAGCUUUCUUCUUGUACCGCCACAAAGCUAAACACGCCAGCGACACUCAGAAACUCGUCACUAGAGGAGGAGGAGAUGCCGGUUCUCGAAGAUUCCACGAAGAUCCGUUACCACCGACGUCUUCCACGUUUCUCUACAUGGGAACCGUUGAACCGAGCCGCGAACCGGCCAGCGACUCUAUUGGACCGGUUAAUACUUCUCCGUACCGGAAAUUAAACUCGGCUAACAAGCGAUCGGAUCGAUACCGUCCGAGUCCUGAGCUCCAACCGCUCCCGCCGUUAUCUAAACCGCCGCAGCAGCACCAGCAACAGUCUCCCUCGGCCUUGUCUCCUUCUGCAUCGUCGUCUUCCGACGAAGAAUGCCGCGACACCGCGUUCUACACGCCGCACGGAUCUGCUAUCAGCAGCGACGACGGUUACUACACGGCGUUUCCUCGGUCAGUCAGCAACAGCAACGGCCAUUCCUCUGGAUCCAUCCCUCCUCACUCGAAGAGGACUUCUCCGAAGUCGAAGUUCGGAACGUCGGCGGGAUCUAGGUCGCCGGAGAUGAAGCACGUCAUCAUUCCGUCGAUAAAGCAGAAACCGCCGCCUGUGCAACCUCCACCGUUUAGAGGCUUGGAAACUGAUGAGCUAAUAGAGAUUCCUUAUCCACAGAACAAGCCUAAGUUCUCUCAGCCUCCUCCUCCGCCGAAUAGGGCGGCGUUUCAGGCGAUUACUACGCAGGAUAAGUCACCUCUCAGCACGCGAGUGUCACCAAGGAGGUCGUCUCCUACUCCUCAUCUCCACACGCCGCCUCCACCUCCACCUCCUCCACUCUAUACGCCACCUCCACCCCCACCUCCUCCUCCUCGGCCUCCUCAGAUACGGCCAAGAGAUUUCCAGAUACCUCGAAAACUCAGCAACUCAGAAGCAACGAAGGUAGAUGAUCACCCAAGAAAACUAGCGUUCAAGACUCCAAGUCCUCAAUCGAAAGCUGUUAAGGAGGAGGAGGCCAAAAGUGUAUCAGCCGGGACAGGAGAAGGGGACACGGACCCAAGCAGGCCAAAGUUAAAGCCACUCCACUGGGACAAAGUACGCGCGAGCUCUGAUCGAGCCACUGUUUGGGACCAGCUCAAAUCAAGCUCAUUCCAAGUGAACGAAGAUCGGAUGGAGCAUCUGUUUGGUUGCAGCUCAGCAAGUUCAGCUCCGAAGGAACCUGUGAGAAGGUCAGUGAUGCCUCCAGCUGAGAAUGAGAACAGAGUGCUUGAUCCAAAGAAAUCGCAGAACAUCGCAAUCCUCUUAAGAGCACUGAAUGUAACUCGUGAGGAAGUGUCGGAAGCUCUUUUAGAUGGUAAUCCCGAGAGCUUAGGUGCAGAACUUCUAGAGACUUUGGUGAAGAUGGCUCCAACAAAGGAAGAGGAGAUAAAACUCCGAGAGUACUCUGGUGAUGUCACAAAACUAGGAACAGCUGAAAGAUUCCUUAAAACCAUUCUCGAUAUCCCUUUUGCAUUCAAAAGAGUUGAAGCAAUGUUGUAUAGAGCCAACUUUGAUGCAGAAGUCAAGUAUCUAAGGAACUCUUUCCAAACGUUAGAGGAAGCAAGCUUAGAAUUAAAAGCAAGCAGGCUAUUCCUUAAGCUCCUGGAAGCUGUUUUAAUGACAGGAAACAGAAUGAAUGUUGGCACUAAUCGUGGAGAAGCCAAAGCCUUCAAACUCGAUACUCUUUUAAAACUCGUAGACGUAAAAGGAGUUGACGGCAAAACCACAUUGCUACACUUUGUCGUUCAAGAAAUCACAAAAUCCGAGGCGACCACAACAACAAUAGAUGAAACCAUCCUCCACGAAAACAAAGACGGUUUCAGAAAGCAAGGACUACAGGUCGUGGCUGGACUGAGUAGAGAUCUGGCAAACGUUAAAAAAUCAGCCGGGAUGGAUUCCGAUGUACUGAGUGGGUACGUGACAAAGCUCGAGACGGGUCUUGAGAAACUCCGAACUUUUAUCAAGACAGAGACAGCAACAACAACAACUCCAGGGAAGUUCUUUGAUUCGAUGAGAACGUUUCUCAAAGAUGCAGAAGAAGAGAUUCGAAAGGUCAAAGGAGGAGAAAGAAAAGCUCUGUCAAUGGUUAAAGAAGUAACAGAGUAUUUCCACGGAGACGCUGCAAAAGAAGAAGCACAUCCUUUAAGAAUCUUCAUGGUCGUGAGAGAUUUUCUCGGAGUUCUUGAUAACGUUUGUAAAGAAGUUAAGACAAUGCAGGAAAUGUCGUCAGCGAUGGGUUCGGCUUCAGCUAGAUCGUUCAGAAUUUCAGCAACAGCUUCCUUACCGGUUCUUCAUAGGUAUAAGUCAAGACAAGAAGAUACAAGCUCAGAUAAUGAACACAGCAGCAACUCUUCCACGUGAUGAAAAUACAAAAGGCUGUACAGUUUCUUACACUGGAGAUAAAAGGAUUAAGUUGGUGUUUCUCAAACCGGAGGAGAUAUUAAGUUGGUUAAGCCGGAGAAUAUGGACCGGUUCAUGGAGAAAACAAACACUACAACAAUGAUAAAAUUUUCGUUAACAAAUAAGUUUCUUGGUUAAUUUUUCUUUUUUUGUCGGCCGUUGAAAUAUAGAUAGCUAUAUAUGAAUAUAUCCUAAUUUCUUGGGUUUA